CUGUGGGUGGAGUCACCCCGGGGCCUGGACGGGAACUUGGCGGGGUCAGGUCUGUCAGGCUGCCCUGGAUCAUGGUUGUGUGGGGCCUGGGGAGCCGUCUUGGCCUGCGUAGGUGCCUCGUCGCAGCCAGGCUCCUGCAUCCCCGUUUCCAGAGCCGCGGCCCUCAGGGCGUGGAAGACGGGGACAGGCCCCAGCCUUCCUCGAGGACACCCAGGAUCCCCAAGAUUUACACCAAAACAGGAGACAAAGGGUUUUCUAGCACCUUCACGGGAGAAAGAAGACCCAAAGAUGACCAGGUGUUUGAAGCCGUGGGAACUACAGAUGAAUUAAGUUCAGCUAUUGGGUUUGCUCUGGAAUUAGUCACAGAAAAGGGCCACACAUUUGCUGAAGAGCUUCAGAAAAUCCAGUGCCUGUUGCAGGACGUCGGCUCUGCCCUGGCGACACCCCGCUCCUCGGCCCGGGAGGCUCACUUAAAGUACACCACGUUUGAGGCGGGGCCCAUCCUGGAGCUGGAGCAGUGGAUCGACAAGUACACCAGCCAGCUCCCACCGCUCACGGCCUUCAUCCUGCCGUCAGGAGGCAAGAUCAGCUCGGCGCUGCAUUUCUGUCGGGCGGUGUGCCGCAGAGCUGAGAGACGUGUGGUGCCUCUUGUCCAGAUGGGAGAGACUGAUGCGAAUGUGGCCAAGUUUUUAAACAGACUCAGCGACUAUCUCUUCACGCUAGCCAGAUACGCAGCCAUGAAGGAGGGCAAUCAAGAGAAAAUAUACAAGAAAAAUGACCCAUCGGCUGAGUCUGAGGCACUCUGAAAUCAAAAAUGGAGAGCUUGGAGGACCCCUCCAUGGUGACGGCCGUGGAGAAGGGAGCUUGCCCACCGGGGUCCUGGCUCCUGAAGAGCUCACCCAGAGUGGCUGAGAGCAGCCUUGUGUCCCGGCUCAGCUUUGCCCCACACCUCCUGCCACCUUCCCUUUGGGGAUUCUGUCCCUGACUCUACUUCCGCAAGCUCUCCUGGGUCUUGGAGGGAAGUGGAAAUGAACCGGCAUUGGAAGAAAGACAGGUAAAGUGCUGCAAUGAGAAGGAGCUGUGUGUGUGUGUGUGUGUGUGUGUGUGUGUGUGUGUGUGAGAGAGAGAGAGAGAGAGAGAGAGAGAGAGAGAGAGAGCCCUCCCACUGCCAGCUCAGGUUGUUCAUGGAUUUGGAAUGGGACCAGAGGCCCUUGAAAAUGUAAUUGUGAUUUACCUGUGCCAAAGGGGCUUUAAAUGUCACAUUUAUAAACGGGAAGGCGGACAGCAUUUGGAAGCUUGGUCACCUCUGAGCCACCCAUCACCACCAAAGUGUGGGGGACGGACAGCUGCAGAUUGGCAGGCGAGGCUCAGAAACUCCUGGCUUAGAUUGAAGUGUGUGUGGCGGGGGUGCAGCUUAGGGGACCCCCUCUGAAAGGGAUGGACUCUGGUGAGAACAGCACCACUGCUUAAAGGUGAACUUCCCCGUCUGCUUGGACUGAGUUGAGGGUCUGCAGUGCAGGGUCUUCAGCCUGAGAAAAUGAGGUUGUCGGUUUCCGGCGAGGCUGACAUCCACCAGACUGAUUGCUCCGAUGUUGCACUUGGCUGGCUUACGCCUCUGCGAUCCGCGCCAUGGCUGUAUUUAUUUCAGUUGUCACCAUUGCUCCCUCCCGCUAUGAAACGACACUGCCAGUGCCAGCAGUGUCCUUGGGAAAGGCGAUAUUUAUGAAGGGCAGAGAGGCAGCCUCAAGAACCUAAAGCCUGCAGGCUGCUAAUUGCAGGAAAUGACUUCGGAAGGGCAGGCUCUUGUUGAGUGUCAGGGCUGAAAUGCCUGGCGAACUCCAUUCAGCGUCACAGAUUGGCCGAGUGCCUGCUCAUCCUUGGCCACCGAGCGGGGCUUGGGAAGGCUGGUCACUCCGGCCGUCUUUCUUGCCGGCAAGUCAGCAAACAUUGCAUUCUCAGUCAUGGGCAUAUUUUUGCCUUUAUUCUUACCACCUUGGCUGCAAAGUUUGCAGGAGGGCCAGGGACAUUCGUGUCUUCUGGAUCCUUUCAUUGCUGACAGCCUGCGGUGGCCCUCUCGAGCCUUGGGCAGGGUGGGUGAAGUGUAGAUGACCAGGAGUGUGUGAAUGUCUUCCAGGAUGGGGCUUUGUUCAGUGCCUUCCUGCCCCUGUGGUCACUACCAGGUCUCUUACGGAGUAGGUGCUCAGUAUUUGCACACAGAACUGAAAACGGACUUUGGGAGGCCAAGGCAGGCAGAUCACCUGAGGUCAGGAGUUUGAGACCAGCCUGGCCAACAUGGCAAAACCCCAGCACUACUAAAAAUACAAAAAAA